AAUCCUUGCAUAAGCAAGGUGUCAACCUAUAUAUGCUUUUUGGGGACAAAAGGAGCACUGCUGAAUAUAUUGCAUCUAAAGUUGAAAUUCCAAGGGAAAAGGUCAGAAUUUUAUUUUUUUCAUUCGUUCCUAUUUAGGCCACUUCUUGAUGAGUAAACACCUGAAUCUUAAGGUUGAGGAAAUCUGACCUUUUUAAAUAUAAUUGUUAAAUUCAUGAGUAGAGUGGGACUUACAGACCCUACUAUGAAGAUAGUGUUUAUGAGUUUUGUAUUAGAUAAAGAAAGAAAAAUUAGAAUGAAACACAAUGAGACCAGCUAAGGUAGAAACUACCGCUGAAGAUGGGAAAGAUCCAGUUUAUAUAACCUCAAAUUGCUUAAUUUGAAGGAUCAUGGUUUUUAGUUGAGAAUAAAAUUCUGCUUUUCCUUCACUGUUAAAUUAUUGUGGGAAUUCAUUGUUUGUUUACUUUCUCAAUACAUAAGAGAAUCAUGGGCUGUAAUUAUUUAUUUAAUACUCCACAUUUUUGACUUACCAUUACUCUAUUUGGAGCCCUCAAUAGUAGCUUCUGGUUGGAGUCUCUAUUCUGGGAUUUCUCAAUCUUUCUCCAUGAUGGAUGUAUCCUACAUUAGGUACAGAAGUGAGCUCAACUUUUUGUGUUUGGUAAUUUGAACAACCAUAUGCUCUACAAUUAACUCCAUUUGGUGGAAGUAGCAUGUAUCUAAGUAUGUGAGAGCUUAAGCUUCUAGACCAAUAGCAUAAGGCAUGAUUGAAUGCUUUUUAGUAUGAAUGACAUGUUAGAAUAUUAUAAUAUUUGCAUAAAAAAGAUGCUGGGGUAAAUUGAGACAUCCAUGUUACCCACAAGUCAAACAAGUUCUAAAUGUAAUGAGAUAAAAUUGAUCUUGUUCCUUAUCUAAAGUAGAUUUUAAGUCUCACAAAUAAAUUGCCAAAAUUCGUUUGUAAUAUUGUUUUAUGUGAUGCUGAAUAAUUUUUGAUGAAGUUGGGGUAUACAUUCUUCUUGUGAGGUGGUGAAAUGAAGAGCAGGCUUUUCAAACUAUCAUGUCACAUGUCUAAAUGUCCUGACUAUAUUGGUGAUAGAGAAUUUGCAAAGGAAUGUGGAUUCUAUGGUUUGGGUCCUGAAAUCUUGUGCUUCAUUAGACUUGAGACUUAUUUGUGUUUUGCAGGAUUUAUAUUUUUUGUUUGUGUGACUCAUUUAGAAAGUUAGAUAUGUAUAGUUUUGGAUGGUUUAAACUUUUUGUACAGUUUAGAAUUUAAGGAUAUAGUUUUUGAAUGUUUGGAAUGUAUAGAUAAUUGUUAAAUGUUUAUAAUUUGUGGAUAUAGUUUCUUUUUGAUGUUUCAAACAAUAUAAUGGUGGCUGAUUGAUUUUUUGUGA